GGGGCGGCAGCCUCUGAGCCAGGCUGGGCUGGCCGCCCUCGGGCCUUCCCCCACCCGGGAGGCAAAAACUCCCUCCAGCCCUGGGUCUUGCUGUCUGGUGAGGGAAGCGGGCGAAAGAGAGCCGCGAGCUGUCCAUCUCCUCGCAUCCUAGAGGGCAUUCGUUCCCCUCCUGGAGUUUCCGGGAAUCUGAAAGCGACUUUGGAAGCCGUAACUAUCCAAAGACAACUUCGAAUCUAUAUAAUGUAACAGGAAGGGCCAGAAAAUAGUACAUAGAAGUGUGGAGCCUACUAAGCAAGAUGAAUGUCUCUGGAAGCAAUUGUGGAAGCCCUAAUUCUACAGAUGUAUCUAGUGACUUCAAGGAACUCUGGACAAAACUAAAGGAGUAUCAUGAUAAAGAAGUACAAGGUUUACAAGUAAAAGUAACCAAACUGAAAAAGGAAAGAGUUUUAGAUGCACAAAGACUAGAAGAAUUCUUCACCAAAAAUCAACAGCUGAGAGAGCAACAGAAGGUUCUUCAUGAAACAAUUAAAGUUUUGGAAGAUCGAUUAAGAGCAGGACUGUGUGACCGCUGUGCAGUAACUGAAGAACAUAUGCGGAAAAAGCAACAAGAAUUUGAAAAUAUCCGGCAGCAGAAUCUUAAACUUAUUACAGAACUCAUGAAUGAAAAGAACACUCUUCAGGAUGAAAAUAAAAAGCUUUCUGAACAACUGCAACAAAAAAUUGAGAAUGAUCAGCAGCUUCAAGCAGCUGAGCUUGAUGGUGAAGAAAAUAUUAUUCCGGAUUCGCCAAUAACAGCCUUUUCGUUUUCUGGCAUUAAUCGGCUACGAAGAAAGGAGAAUCUCCAUGUUCGAUAUGUAGAAGAAACACAUACUAAAUUGGAGCACUCUGGUACAAAUGAUUUAAGAAAAGUUUGUAAGGCCUCAACUCAUUCACAACAUAACUCUAAAGAAAAUGAAAUUCUAGCAGCUGACAGUUGUGAACAAAGUCAUUCUCCACUGGCUAAAACUCGAGGAAUGAACAAUUUUAAUUUAGCUACAGUUGUUGCUGAAACACUUGGGCUUAGUGUUGGAGAAGAGUCUGAACCACAAGGUCCUAUGAGCCCUCUUGGUGAUGAGUUCUACCACUGUCAGGAAGAAGAUCACAAGAAACAGACGUUUGAGGAAUGCAUGAGGAAUAGUAAAAAUAGUUCAAGAUUUUCAGAUUCUACUUCAAAGACUCCUCCUAAAGAAGAAUUGAGUACUCGGGUAUCAUCUCCUGUUUUUGGAGCUACCUCUAAUUUGAAAAGUAAUUUGGGCUUGAAUACAAGUUUGUCCCCUUCUCUUUUAGAGACUGUGAAAAAUACCCUAAAAACACCCUCCUUUAGCAACAUUUCUAUUUCUAGACAAGAGAAAGUUAGAUCAAAAUCUGAAGAUAAUACCCUUUCCACACAUCAUAGUCUUGGAUCUGACAUGAACAAGAUCAUUAGCCAGUCAUCGUCUAAUAAACAAAUACUGAAAAAUAUUAGUGAAUCCGUAGAUGAGCAGGAUAACACUGAGCACAUUAAAGAAGCUAUUACUGAUAAAUAUGUGAUAUCUCUGAAAUCAUUGGGAAGUAGAACAUCUAAAAGGAAGAAGACUGAGGAAGAAAAUGAACAUGAGAUAAACUGUCCCCAAGCCUCUUUUGAUAAAGAAAAUGCGUAUCCUUUUCCAGUGGAUAGUCAGUUUUCCAUGAAUGGGGACCACAUGAUGGAUAAACCUCUGGAUCUAUCUGAUCGAUGUUCAGCUAUUCAGCGUCAAGAGAAAAGCCAAGGAAGUGAAAUUUCUAAAAACAAAUUUAAGCAAGUGACUAUUUAUGAAGCUUUGAAGCCCAUUUCAAAGGGCUCUUCCUCGAGCCGUAGGACCUUGAGUGGAAGCUGUGUGUUACCCAGAGAUUCCCCAGAAGAGCUCUGUUUACAGGAGUGUAUUAUCCAGUCUUUGAGUAAAUCCUCUCUGGACCAUAAAAUACCAUUACAAAUAAAAGAAGAAAAUCCUGUCUUCAAAAUCCCUCUGUGUCCACGUGAAAGUUUGGAGACAGAGAAUCUUUUUAAUGACAUGAAGGAUGCUGGUUCUCAUGAGUCAAGAGUGAAAACCAGGUCAGUCCGUGGAGGAUGUGAACUUGCAUCAGUUCUACAGCUAAAUCCCUGUAGACGUGCUAAAACGACCACUUUGCAAAACAACCAAGAUGUGUCCUUCGAAAAUAUCCAAUGGAGUGUAGACCCUGGAGUGGACCUUUCUCAGUAUGAAAUGGAUAUUACUGUAAUAGAUAUUACUUUAAUAGAUAUAAAAGAUGGCAGUCAGUCAAGAUUAGGAGCAGAGACAGUAGAUAUGGACUGUACGUUAGUGAGUGACACCAUGCUUUUGAAAUCGAAGAAGCAAGAGCAAAAAGAAGAAAAAAGUCCAAAUGGAGAAAGAAAAAUGAAUGAUAGCUUGGAUGAUAUGUUCGAUAGGACCACACACGAAGAGUAUGAAUCCUGUUUGACAGAUAGCUGCCCCCAGGUAGCAAACGAAGAGAAGGAAUCAGUGGCUGCCUCCAAGAAACCAAGCACACAUGGUGAUAAACAAGAAAAGGUCAAACAGAAAGCAUUUGUGGAGCCAUAUUUUAAAGACAAUGAAAGAGAAACUAGCUUGCAAAAUUUCCCUCAUAUUGAGGUUGUUCGGAAAAAAGAAGAGAGAAGAAAAUUGCUUGGGCAUACAUGUAAGGAAUGUGAAAUUUAUUAUGCAGAUAUGCCUGAAGAAGAAAGAGAAAAGAAAUUGGCUUCCUGCUCAAGACAUCGAUUUCGUUACAUUCCACCCAACACACCAGAGAAUUUCUGGGAAGUUGGUUUUCCUUCCACUCAGACUUGCAUAGAAAGAGGUUACAUUAAGGAAGAUCUUGAUCUUUGCCCUCGUCCAAAAAGACGGCAGCCUUACAACGCAAUGUUUUCUCCAAAAGGCAAGGAGCAGAAGACCUAGAUGUUAAAGCAAAACCAGAUGAUUGAAGACAGUUUUUUGCAUUUUAGUUAUUUAUAGUUUAAGGUGGUAUCAAACAUUGAUUUUUUUUGAUCUUCUGUAAAUUGAUUUAUAAAUCAGUUUUCUAUUAAAAAUGUUUUUAAGUGGCAUUUUCUACCACACAAAAACUAUUUAGAAUGUG